CAUAUAGGAGCACAGUGGAUCCCUCUCACACAGUAAUUAUAUGCAGGCACGAGCACCAGUUGAGCCGUCAUGGAUCUUAUGUGGGGACUGGCCGUAGUGGGUGCUGUCUGCAUCGGAUGGAUCCUGCUUAAGAUGCUCUGGACCUGUUGGUGUGGAUUCACAACAUUCUUUCUGUCAGAGAUUUGGCGAGUGGAUUUGAAGAAAUAUGGAAAAUGGGCAGUUGUUACCGGCGCCACUUCAGGGAUCGGCAGAGCCUACGCCAAAGAGUUAGCCCGAAGAGGUCUGGAUGUGGUUCUGAUCAGCAGAUCCAACGAGAAGCUUCAGAUGGUGGCAGAAGAAAUAGAGGCUGAAUAUGGCCGCAGGACUCUCACCAUCCAGGCAGACUUCACUGGAGGAGGAAGCAUAUAUCCUGCGAUAGAAGAAGCAUUGCGAGGCAUCGACAUCGGGAUCCUUGUGAACAACGUGGGAAUGAGCUAUUCCGGGAGCUUCAGUCAGUUCCUGGAUGUACCGGAUUCAGAACUGAAAAUCUCCCAGGUUGUCAACUGUAACAUGCUAUCUGUCACCCAGAUGACCAGAAUAGUUCUUCCAGAUAUGGUUAAAAGAGGGUCGGGGCUCAUCAUCAACAUCGGCUCUGAGAUCGGGGCCCGUCCGUAUCCGUUUCUCUCGCUUUAUUGUGCCACUAAGGUCUUUGUACGAUAUAUAUCCCUCUGUCUGGAUUCAGAGUACAGGUCUAAGGGAAUCACUGUGCAGUGUGUGGCACCACUGUUGGUCUCCACCAACAUGACCUUCAACUGUAGAGUCAACGGUUUGGUGAAGAGUGCGUCAGACUUUGCCCGUGAGGCGUUGAACACCGUGGGGUACACCAACUACACCAACGGCUGCGUCUCUCAUGGACUUCAGAGCUUUGUAUUAAAGCUAGGGUCAGGCUUGGUUCACCGCCUAGCCUACCUCAUGAAAAAACCCAGAGAGGUACCAGAAAACCUCCAUAAAGACUAAAGACUAAAGGAGCGGACACACCGCAUAGCCGGAGGGUUUGGUGGUCACUGUAGAGCUGGGCGUCCUUCCCCGUUUUCAUCAUCGCUGGUCCUUACGAGGAUUGGGUUCUCGCUUUUAAAAGAGGAAACGAGAAAAACACUUGACCAUGUGUUUGUGCAUGGUCACAUGAUGUGUGGCUGUUCAGACGUCUGCACUGCAGUAAGGACGAGGUGUACUGAUGAAUGUUCCUUUGGAUUAUUAUAUCACAAAACGUGGAGCCGUGGAAGGUAAUGGCUUCUGCGGGGUUGGUGUUGAGCUUCUAACAUUAAUUCAGUUUGAAUGGAUUCUUUUUCUGAUGCACUUCAUAAAGUUUUACAAAAACCACAA